CAAAAUAAACAAAACAAAAUUAACAAAAAAUAAAGCACACAACUGUAACUAAUUCUUUACUGUGCUCAGUAGCUUAGAAGCUAUUAUAAUAAUCUUGCAAAUAAUUAUAAAAGAAAGGCUUGUAGUUGUUUAAACAAUGGCACACCAAAUUGACACGAUCAACCGCCUAAUAACAAUAAAAAAGAAUAAAAUGGAUGGAGAAGAGGAGCUAUAUAAACUACAAAAGCACAAAAACAAAAAACUUAGCAAUGUUGCAGUGGAGUUGCUAAAUGGCAUUGAGGAACAGCGAGGAAAAUAUACCAAAAUACAAAAACGGGUAGCCGAAAUAAACGAUUAUGUCGAGGGAUCAAUGGAAAUUAUUGAUAACAUAAAUGAGCACGUGACAGCAAUUAAGCAAAACAAUGAAGAUCUUGAAACAAAGUAUAAAAAAAAGCUCGAAGAGCACAAUCACCUACUGGGCUGCGUGCAUGCUCUAACUGAGAUAACCAAUACACACAUUAACUACAAGGAGCUGCCCUCGCGUCUGAGAGGAGUUUCUGUCGUGCCGGAGCAGUCAGUGUGGCUGCCAUUUGAUUUUGCAGCUGAGAAUGAUAAGCCACUGAGUGAAUUGCAAGAACGACUACAAAGUCGUAAUGUUCAUAGUACAAAGUGGCUAGAAUUACUUUUAGGAGCAUCAACCAUUGACAGGGGAAACGCAAUUCACACGCAAUCUGUUAUUGAGAUUGAUCUUACCUCGCCGACGGCACAAAAGUAAUAUCAAUUAUUAUAUUUAUUAAUAACAU